AGGGCUGGAAAACAGCUCGCUGAAACGCGCGGGGUUGCAGGAGCAGUGAGCUACCUUUUCCUGGACUUGGAGACCGCCGGGCAUCCUCCGUUACCGGACAGGAAGGAGGGCGGUCAGCUGAGCUCGACCGAGAGAGGCUGAGCAUUUCCUGGAUCUGCCCCCCGUAGAGGGGAGAGAGAUGGCUGACCCUGAGAGCCGGUGGUCACAGAGUGGCAGGAAGAUCAAAAUAGAUGGACUGUCUGAUGUUGCCUCUAUUUCAACUAAACUUCAAAACACUCUGAUCCAGUAUCACAGCAUUGACGAAGAUCAGUGGCGAGUUGCCAAGAAAGUGAAAGAUGUGACAGUUUGGAGAAAACCCUCAGAAGAGUUUAAUGGGUAUCUCUAUAAAGCUCAAGGAGUUAUGGAUGACGUGGUCAAUAGUGUCAUAGACUAUAUACGCCCAGGGCCCUGGCGCUUGGACUGGGACCGCUUAAUGACGUCACUGGAUAUUUUGGAGCACUUUGAAGAGAAUUGUUGUGUGAUGCGUUACACCACUGCUGGGCAGCUUUUAAAUAUUAUUUCCCCAAGAGAGUUUGUUGACUUCUCCUAUACUGUGGGCUAUGAAGAAGGACUUUUAUCCUGUGGGGUAAGUGUUGAAUGGGGUGAGACAAGACCAGAGUUUGUCCGUGGCUAUAACCAUCCCUGCGGUUGGUUCUGUGUUCCACUCAAAGACAGUCCAAACCAGAGUCUUCUGACAGGCUACAUUCAGACAGACCUGCGUGGCAUGCUCCCUCAGUCUGCAGUGGACACGGCCAUGGCAGGCACGCUAACCAACUUCUACGGCGAUUUGCGAAAAGCUUUACAAAAGGCAUAAUGUGUUCAACUUAUACUGCCACAGUUUGCUGACUCUGCUCUCCUCCCUCAGCUAUGACCUGUAGAAGCCAUCAGUUCCUGCUUGCUGCGGCCUGUGGAAACAUAGGAGAAGUUACAGGGGCCACAGUACAAUCUCAUUUUCUAUUCAAAGUCAAUCUAUGUAAAUAGGGCAUUUAAAAUUUCUUAAAAGUUGUUUUUGCACCUUG